AUGGCCUCUGACGACGAAGAUGAGUACGUCUCCUUCGGCACUCCUCUCCAGGAGGAGGAAGAAAGCAGGGCUGGUCAAAGGCGGAAGGACGUGAAGGAUCCUGCAUUGACGAAGCAGCUGCCCUUGCAUAAGCAGGAGGUAACCGAUGCAGAGGGCAGGAGGCGCUUCCAUGGUGCCUUCACUGGCGGGUACAGCGCUGGCUACUACAACACCGUGGGCUCACUGGAGGGAUGGGCACCCUCAACCUUCAAAUCCUCCCGAGAGGACCGCGGCUCCGCCAAGGCACAGAAGGUGGAGGACUUCCUGGACGAGGAUGAGCUGGAGGACAUGCGCAAGUCUGGGCUGCAGGUGCGCGCAGAGUAUGACACUUUCGGCACCACCGCGGCGGAGCAUGCGCGGCGGGCAGCCAACGCAGAGGCCAGCACCAGGGACAGGGGCCACCUCAGCUUUGUGCCCGACGCCAUCAUCACUCCGGUCGCCGACUCCAUGGGCAUCAGGUUGCUGCAGAGCAUGGGGUGGCGGCAGGGCAAGGGCGUGGGUCCUGCGGUAGCGCCAGACAAGCCACAGAAGACGGGCAGACGCUGGGGCCCCGAGGCUGGCGUCGGUCCAGACAAUACACCCAUCUAUGCGCUCGCCCCCAAGACCGACCAGCAUGGCCUUGGCUUCGACCCUUUCAAGGGCGCAGAGGAGUUCAGGAAUGCAAAGAGGGAGAGGCCAGGCGAGCAGGGUCGGCAAACAGAGCAGGCGGAUCCAAGGAAGCGGCAGCGCGGCGUUGCAUUCGGGUCCGGCACCGGUGAGGAGACAGACACCUUCGGCUACAUGGAUGACUAUGUCAGCCAUGGCGGCCAAGCCCGCGGGGGAGAGUUCAACUUUGAGAUCGCCUCCGAUGAGGAAGACACUGACAUGGCACAUCUAAGGCAUGCCCUCCACCACUCUCACACACCCUCCUGCUGGAUCACGCGGAUGGGUGGCAAGCUGGACCCAAAUUUCAUGCUGCCAGGGAAGGCAACGCCGCUGAGCAUUCUGGCGGCAGGCAUGGCUCCGCAGAAAGACAUCAUUCCGGGAUUUGUCAGGGCGGCCGAGACAGUCUCGCCCAAGCUGUAUUCGCCGCCCAAGAUCCCUGCCAGCUACCAGCCGCACCACGACUUCCCAGAUGAUGCGCUGCCAGGGUCGUCUGCCACGGGUGAGGACAAGCCAGCGCGUGAGGUGCCGCCGCCAGAUGACCCAGAGCUGCGCAGGACGAUCGACGCAAUGGCGCCCUUCGUUGCGCGCAACGGGCCGGCCUUCGAGGCGGUUGCUGUCAAGGCCAACGCCAAGAGCCAGAAGUUCAGCUUCCUCGCGGGCGGCGCCGGCGCAGAGUACUACAGAUGGCGCGUGCAGGUGGCCAAGGCAGAGGCGAAGGGGUCAGGGGCUUCCGUGGCGCAGCGCCGCGCGCCGCUGUCUGCGGAUGACAGAGGAGCGCUGCUAGGUGAGGCACAACUGGCAGCGGCUGCUGCAGCGUCGAGCGCAGCCGCCGCGCCUGCAGGCCCGCAUGCUGCAGGCCCCAACAUUUCUGGCAUCGCAGACACCGACAGGAGGCGGCUGCAGGACACGCUGGCGGGCAGCUUUGCCAGUGCAACAGAGCAGGACAUGGGUUUUGGGUCCCGCCCGAUUGGCCUACACCAGCCCGUGCCCGGGCAGGCAGUGAGCGCUCCGCCACCCAGCUCUGCGGCCGCUGCCUUCCUCGGCUCCAUCGGUGGCCGCUUUGCCAGCGGCGGAACGUUCCAACCGGAAGCUGCUGCAGGCCUGCAGGCGGGCGCCGCUCCGAAGCGGCCACAGCGCAGCGUGCACGAGUGGCGGCCAGAGCCGCUGCUGUGCAAGCGCUUCAACGUGCCCGACCCCUUCAAGGGCCGCCCAGCAGCGCCUGUCAACGAUGUGCCACGCUUCAUGUCCGAUCGCCUCGCGCUGCCCGACACCGCCGCAGCCGCCGGCUCCGUGCUGGAAGUUGCGCCGGCAGCCGCCCUGCAGCUACCAGGACCUCCUCCGAUCCCCCAGCAGGGUACAGCUGCUCGGCAGCUGCCCGGCCCCCCACCGCUGGCGCCUCCCUCAUCUGACAGCCGAUCAUUGGCGGAUGCUUUCCUGGACUCUCUUGGCGCCGAGGAUAAUGGAGCACCGCCUGUGGCUGGGACCCUGCCAGCGCUGCCGCCGCCUCCAGGGCUGCCGCCGCCACCGGGCCUGCCAGCAGACGAGCCGGGCGCGGCGCCAAUGCCAUAUGUUGAGAAGCCCAUCGACCUGUUCAAGGCCAUCUUCGAGGCCGAUGACUCCUCUGAUGAAGAGGAGGAAGAGCAACCGGCACCAAAGUCUGCCCCUGCCACGGCAGCACCGCAGCCAGAAGGCCAGAAGGAUGAGCUGGCAGCUGCUAGGGAGGCUGCGCUCGCCGCAAGAGCCGCACAGACACCGAGCCAGACGGCAAGCGCAGGACCGUCCGCCUCUGUGCAAACCAAGGACGCCACUGCUUGGCUGAAACCAACGGAGCAGAGUGGCGCGGCCCCGUCGCAGAAUGGAGGCCUUGCAGAGGCGCUGGAAAGGGCACAGCAGCUGGCCGGUGAGAAGGUCAGGGAGCGGCUGCGAGCAGAGCAGGAAGAGGAGAGAGGGAACAGCAGCCGUGCCCCGCCUGCAGGGACCUCCAUAGAUACCGACAAGGCGCCAGGUCAGCUGGGUGACGCAAGCAAUGGUGGGGUUUCUGAGGAGCAGAGGCAGGCAAUUGAGAUGCUUCUGAAGACCCACAAGCACUCCAAGAAGAAGAAGAAGGAGCGUGACAAGGGGACGCGUAAGAAGGACAAGGCAAAGAAGGACAGAAAAGACGAUAAGAAGAAAAGGUCCUCUAAAAAAGAGGGCAAGAAGAAGAGCAGCAAAAAGACCGACACGCGUAGUGAUGAAUCAGAUGACAGCGACUCAGAUGUAUCAGAUUGA